GCAACUUGUUGAAUUUUGCCAAAAAGUCAUCAUCACAGUUUUAAUUAUGGACGGAGAAAAAAUCGAAAAGCUUAUCCUUCUUGUGGGUGAAUACAGUGAAUUAUAUGAUAUGGCUAAUAAAAACUACAGUAAUCAAAAUAGGAUGGAUAUAGUUUGGUUGGAAAUAGGGAAUAAAAUUAAUGAACAAGCCGAGGUUUGUAAGCAGAGAUGGAAUACAUUAAGAGAUGCUUUUCAGAGAGCAGCAAGAAACAGUCUAACAAAAAGUGGACAAGCUGCCAAAAGUAACAAAAAAUGGAAAUAUUGGGAUGCUAUGGCUUUUCUUCAGCCUCAUAUUAAAGGAAGAGAAACUCAUUCAAAUGUUACCGAAAUAUCGCAAGAUGUCAGUGAGGACGAUGAUGUCGAAACUCAAGUGGAAAAUAAUACACAAAGCCAGAGAGAAUACAUGUGCGAAUAUUAUGAUGAUGAAAUUAGUACAAAUCUUUCACGUUCCAUUUCACAGCCAAACACACCAUUGUCUUGUUCUUCAAGCGUAGAUAAAUGAAAACAGCCCACUAAUAGAAUUUUUUGUUAAUAUGGGCAAAACUACAGCUACAUUUCCCUCAUUGUGGCAAGCUUCGGUGAAAACUAAAGUGUUUCAAAUAGUAAAUUCAUACGAAUUACAAAUGUUAUCAAAUUCUUCAUUUAAUCUGGGAACACAAACUCCAAGUGAAAAUCAAAUACUGAUUCACAAUCAACCACCAAUGCAACCUCAUCAGGCAGUACCAAUUCAGCCACCAACGCAAAUUCAGUCACCUAUGCAGAAUCAACCACCUCUACAAAUUCGACCGCCAAUGUCAAAUCAAACCUCUAUACAAGACGAAUCUUCUUCAUUUUGUGAAAACACUUCUACAUACUCACUAUUCGGGUCCCACUUACCUCCUAAUGAAAAUCCAGCAUUACCUCACUAACCAUGCCAAAGAUAUAUUUAAGUCAUUUAAUUUUUUGUUAGUGAAGAAUUAUAUUUUCAAGUUUUUGUUGGCUGUGAGUUUGUUUGUUUUCUUAGGAUUAUUUUGUUAACUAGUGUUCUUUUUCGAAUCAGUAGUAUCAAGCGUAAUAUUAGCUUUUUUUGUUGCGUUAAUAAAAAACAAUAUUGAAAUAUUUCCCUCAGUUAAAAAUAAAUGUAUAACACAGA